AUGGAAAAUGCAACCAAUGUAAAAGAAUUCAUUAUCCUGGGAUUCUCUGGAAUUCAGGAAUACCAGAAUGUUCUUUUUUUCUUCUUCUUGAUAAUAUAUGUCAUCACUUUAACAGUCAACAUAUCUUUGAUUACUCUUAUCCGAUAUGGUCGGCAACUUCACAAACCAAUGUAUUUUUUUCUUGGAAAUUUAUCUUUUUUGGAGCUUGGUUAUAUAUCUGUGACUGUACCAAAGAUCAUGGUGGAUAUACCCAGGAAAAUAAAAAGUAUCUCCUUUCACGGCUGUUUCACUCAGCUUUUCUUCUUUACUUUUUUGGGGGCCACAGAAACUAUUCUUCUUGCAGUAAUGUCCUUUGAUCGUUUUCUGGCAGUCUGUUACCCUUUACAUUAUUCAAGCAUCAUGAGUCAUAAAGUCUGCAUUAUUUUAUCUGCUGCUUCAUGGGUAUUUGGUUUUUUAACCACUUCAUUUCCUAUUUUUAAAAUUUCUGAGUUACAUUUCUGCAAAUCCAAUGUCAUUAACCACUUUUUUUGUGAAUCAGCACCCUUGUUAAAGCUAUCCUGCUCUGAUCCAUACUUCAAAGAGCUAAAUGUUAUAGUAUGUGCAUCAUCAGUUAUUCUAACUUCAGUUUUGUUAACUAUGACAUCAUAUGGAUAUAUUUUGAGAACUAUUCUAAGAAUCCCAUCUACCACCGGUAAACAAAAAGCUGCUUCUACCUGUGCCUCACAUCUUGUAGUGGUCACAACUUUCUACUCAACUAUGUUUGCCAUGUACAUAAAACCAACUGCUAGUGAAGGAUCUCUCAACAAGAUCAUGGCGCUGUUUUAUGCAGUGUUUACUCCCCUUGUUAAUCCAUUCAUCUAUAGUUUAAGGAACAAGGAAGUUAAAGAAACAAUUUCACAGUUUGCGAAAAGAAAAUCCUUCUGUAAUUGUAGUAAAAACAAUACUAUUCUGCGAUAA